AUGGAUUUCAAUAGCUUAAAGGAUCAAGUGAGCAAUCUCACGCUCUACGACCUCAAGGCGGGAUUCCGCAAGGCCCAAAAUGCGGUGAUGAACUACACAGAGAUGGAGGCCAAGGUCCGCGAGGCAACAAACAAUGAGCCAUGGGGUGCAUCAUCGACCAUGCUACAGGAGAUUGCCAAUGGAACCUUCAACUACCAACUGCUGAACGAGAUCAUGCCCAUGAUCUACAAGCGCUUCACAGAGAAGGCUUCGGAAGAAUGGAGACAGAUCUACAAGGCCCUGCAACUCCUCGAAUACCUGAUCAAGAACGGUUCAGAACGAGUCAUUGACGAUGCGCGCUCUCACGUCUCGCUCCUCAAGAUGCUACGACAAUUCCACUUCAUCGACCAGAACGGCAAAGACCAGGGCAUCAACGUACGCAACCGCGCCAAGGAGCUCGCCGAACUUCUUAGCGACGUCGACCGCAUCCGCACCGAGCGCAAGAAGGCGCGAGCGAACCGAAACAAGUUUGGUGGUGUCGAGGGCGGAGCCGGCAUCGGCAUGGGUGGCUUCUCAGGAAGCGGUAGCGGGGGUGGUAGCAGGUACGGAGGGUUUGGCAGUGAGCAGGCAGACUAUGGUGGCUACAGAGGAGAGGUCUACGGCGACGGCGGUGGCUUUGGAGGCAACCAAUCUGGCUUCGCGGACACACAACAGCGACGCGACAAGUUCGACGAGUACGACGAGUAUGACGAGGGCGAAAGUGCUAGCCCAGCACCAGCACGGCGGAGAGAACCCACAACCACGCACGCGAAGAAAGAACCGAAGAAGGAGGAGCCUAAGCCGAAAGCACCAGAGCCCGUUGUCGACUUGCUCGCUUUUGACGACGAGCCUGCGCCCAUGUCGACCUCAGCAGGAAAGCAGCCCGUUGCUGCUCCAAGCGACGACUUCGGCGACGACGAUGAUUUCGACGACUUCCAGUCUGCAGCUCCAGCAGCACCUGCAUCCAAGCCAGCCGCACCAGCCUACAACAUCGUCUCUCCUGCGUCGACAUCUACUAUCACCUCGUCAACUCAAUUCGCCGCACCGACAGCCCAGUCCUCAGCCCAGAACAACAACUUCAGCAACUUGCUCGCAACGGUUUCACCACCGCCUGCUGCAAACAAAAUGAGCGCACCCCCCUCCAUGACCUCUUCUUUCUCGCAACCUCCACCCCAGCCCUCAGGCUACCAAGCCUCGGGUCCCAAUUACUUCACUUCCGUGCCUCAGCCUGCGCCUCAAUCAGCGUCAUCCACGCCUUCUGUAAUGUCGCCCGGUGGACGCAUCGGCGGUGGUAUCGGCGGUGGUGCCCCCAAGAAAGCUGGUGGUGAUGCAUUUGCGAGCUUGCUUGGUGGUGUUGCGCCGAAGAAGGCAGGUACACCAACGCAGAAGGUCACUAUGGGUGACUUGGCCAAGCAGAAGACUAGUCAGGGGCUUUGGGGUGCGCCGGCUUCUACUCCCAGUACACCUGCUGCACAAGCACCUCAGUCGGGAUCUAAGCCUGGUGGUAGAACUGGCAUAGAUAAAGCAGAUCAGUCAGCUACCCUCAUACACUACCCGUGCUCGCUUUUCUCUCAGGACAAUCACCCUCUUGUUGGAAGACUGCACGUAUCUGCUCGUGGUUGUGGCAGUGUCUGGAACGACAUGGCACAACUAGCCAUCGCGCCUGCUAGAACGGAUCGCUUGACUGGUAGAUGCACCCACCUUUCUGCUACCAUGGCAGGAUAUGGUCAAAUCGUACUGGGCUUUCGACGUACUUGCAAGGUUCCCGACAACGACGAGAAGUUUUACGCCCCAGAUCUGGGACCCUACCUGUUGUACGAUGUCAAGAAGUACCGUGGUCUUCCCAGAUCAAUCUUGGACGCUGGAGGGUGGUUCAUUGCUAUGCGAGAUGACGAAGCUAUGUACGUCGAUUUUGGCUCCAGUCGAAAGUUCAAUGUAACAGUCGGAUCGCAUACCUCCAGAAAGGCACACUGUAUUGUUGGCUGGCGCCAUUACCUCGAUGGAUUACCCGAUUCCGAUUCUCCGGGAUGUGUUCGACAAUUCGUUGCAGCACCUGCUUCUAGAAGAUCUCAGAUAAACUCAAGUGACGAACUCCUCGUGGAUGAUUUAUCGCUCGCCAUCAGAACACCAAAAGAUGUGUUGAACCAGGCUGGGAUCAUUGUCACGAUACGGGAUAUGGAAGAGGUCAAUAUUCCGAUCAAUGAUGUGACUACAGUUGACCAGCUCAAAUCAAGAAUAGAACAUGAAAUGGGUGUACCCAAAAAUGUGCAAAGGAUCGUGUUUCGUGGAAAGCAGCUAGAGGACGACACUACUCUGAGCAGCAAUGGUAUCGCGGAGGGGACAGCCGUUCACCUGGUUGAGAGAAUGACUGGAGGAGGAUCCGGAUGCCUACCAGCGUUUUUCGCAAGUCAUAAGAUGAUCUUAAAACCGGGCGACCGUAUCUGGCAGCCCGAAGCAUGUAAAGAAGAAGAGACUCAGAGCUCUUGGGCAGAGACUCCGACAGUCAUUCGCGUUCAUAUCCUCAACGCUGAGAACGUGCGAGACUGGACUGGAAUUGAUCCACCACAGUCUACGGUUGAUCCGGAGCGCUAUAAAUCGGCGGGUUUGUCGAGUGCUGGCGAUACACAAGAAUACGAGCGGCGUGCUCUGGAAAACCCGGACUUGUACGAUCAGAUCGAAGAGUAUUAUUACGGAAAAUCUCCCAUCAUGCCAUUGAGAGAACACAAUCCCUUUAGGGUCAUCCUGCGUAAGAACGCAGAAGACCAGUCCAACGAAACUCGUGGUCAAGGCUCGAAAAGCAAGAUACGGUGUCUAUGCUUGAAGCUGCUCCUGGAAGAUGCCCAAAUGCAGCUCUCUCGCUUUCUCUUCCGCGUCGCCUUGCUGCUAUUACCGAUAGCCUUGAUCGGCACAACAUGGCUAUACUUGUACCCUGUUUUCCACGGCUGCGCCUUUCCUAAACCCUCGUCUACGCACGCGCAAGCCGUCGCACCGUUCCGUCUACUCUCUCUCGGUGAUCCCCAGCUUGAGGGUGAUUCCUCGCUUCCGGAUCCGAAUGCGCUCGUCUUCCCGUCGAUCGAGAACCUCGUACCGAAUGUACGCGAUGCCGCCAAUUACACAGCGAAACGACAUGUUCUAGACCAAGCAGCACGAGGUGUUGUAAAAGAUGCUGGAAAGUGGCUAGAGGGAAAGAGGAAAGCGGUGGAUCUUUGGGGCAAUGACUGGUAUCUUGCGCAUAUAGUCAGAAGUUUAACAUGGUGGACUGAACCCACGCACAUCAGUGUUUUGGGUGAUUUGCUGGGCAGUCAGUGGGUCACAGAUGGCGAGUUCACGAAAAGAGCAGGUCGGUAUUGGAACGUUGUUAUGAGGGGAUUGGAGAAGGUACCUGAUGUUAUCUUUGGCGCGAUCGGGAGUGAAAACACGGAGCUGCCGUCAGCAGAAGCAUCACAAGAACAAGAAGGCGAGGGAAAAGACGUGGUAGAAGAGGAAGAGAAGAAGAAGGAGAGGAAGCCGCUGUGGGGUGGUACAACAGAAGUACUCGGUGCAGAUAAAGACUGGCAGAAGCGCGUCAUAAACAUCGUCGGAAACCAUGACGUUGGCUACGCCGGUGACAUCGACGAAUCGCGCAUCGAACGCUUUGAGAAGGCAUUUGGAAGUUCGAACUGGGAUAUCUGGUUCACACUGCCAGACGAAUCGCGCUCAAACAAAACCGAUCCAACCGACCCAGACCAACCUCCCGACCCAUCUUCAUCUACAAAAGACGCUGCCAGACCACCAACCCUCCGCCUUGUAAUCCUCAACUCGAUGAACUUAGACACCCCCGCCUGGUCCUCGGACCUCCAGACAGAAACCUACUCCUUCAUCAACCACAUCAUUACCUCCUCCCUGCCUGUCGCCGACAAAACGCACGCUACCAUCCUCCUCACACAUAUUCCGCUCGAAAAGGAAGCUGGUAUCUGCGUCGAUUCUCCAUACUUCGAUUUCUUUGAGGGAGGCCAAGGAUUGAAGGAACAGAAUAUGCUGUCUGAUCACGCUAGUAAGAUCGUCUUGGAAGGAAUGUUUGGCAUGAGUUCAAAUAAAGAUGCAGAGGGUGGAGGCAAGGGCAGAAGGGGUAUUAUCGUUAAUGGACAUGAUCACGCUGGUUGUGAUGUUAUGCACUGGAUUAGGCAGCCCGGCGUGCAGGACACAUGUCAGGUGGCGAACGUGAAAAGGGAGGAAGCAUAUUGGCCAACUAGCACCGCGAACGACACCAUGAUUGCCACUUCGAUGGAUAUCGAUGGGGUCGAUAUUAACUUUGUAGCUGCCAACGAUACCGAUACCGAUACCGCUAUCCAAACCGAGACCGACCCCACUCAGGAAGAAUCAACAUCUGAAUCUUCACCAGAGCCUACUCUGGAACCGGCUUCCGAACCACCUCCACCGCCCAAAUGGCGCGCCCAGCGCUUCCCAAAUCGUCCUUAUGAUAUCCAUGCAGAUGACGAAUGCACGUCUAUUAACGACGCGCCCCAUAUCCGCGAGAUUACGCUCCGCAGUAUGAUGGGCGAGUACUCUGGCUAUGCUGGUUUCCUGUCUGCGUGGUUCGAGGAAGAGAAGGGGGAGUGGGUUUUUGAGUUUAGCUCGUGUGGUGUGGGUGUGCAACAUUGGUGGUGGGGGAUACACAUUGUUGACCUGAUUCUGAUGGUUUGUGUUGUUAUUGGGGGUUUGGUUUGGGGAUACGAACGAGUGGUUGAUGAUGCGAGAAAUACAGAGGUGAAGAAGGACGUGAAGAAAGGCAAAACAGAUGACGCUAGAGAUAGGAACGAGGCGAGGAGGAUUGUACAGACUACACGCGGGCGUACGUCUUCUGUCAUGGAAGUUCAAGAACGAAAGAUAUAG